AUGUUGUUGGCCAGAAGUGCAUCAGUAGAUGAGGAAUUGAUGACCCGGAGAAACAGAAAGGGCAGAAAAUACCUCGUCCGUGACCAGGAAGCAGAUAACAGUGGCCCCGACCAUGAAGUAAUUGAGGAGGAUGAUGAGGAGGAAAUCGUCUACAAGCCUCUACUUCCGACUUUGGCAGAUCACCCCUACUUCACCAAAUCAAAAGGUCCUGCAGAUUACUUCCCCGAACCGAAUUCAGACAGAAGAAAUACCGCCAUGGGAGACAACAAUGAUGAAGUUAGCCUUACAGAUGUUGUGGUGGCUCAGCCCACCGUGGCAGAACAAAAUGAGCUAAUUGCGCAACUGAUGCAGCAGAUAGCAGAUAUGAGGGUCGAGAUGCAACGAAGGCAUGACACGCCUCCACCCGCAUUCAGUCCUAAUUUUAUCGACACAAGACCCCCUACGUACUUCCCCUCAUCCAACUUGGAUCCUACUCAGAACCAUCCGUCGACACCGGAGCAGGAGAAAGAGUGGAAAGCAAGGGAAGAAGCAAAGAUAGACAUAAAGGAAGGGAUUAAGAGGGCAAUGAAAGAGUUGCAAUGCGUUACAGAUGUUGCCGGAUUAAGCUACGCAGAACUGUGUAUCUACCCAGACUUGAACCUGCCUGAAGUGUUCAAAAUCCUGAAGUUUGAUACCUUCGGAGGGGUAGGUAACCCCAUGGCGCAUUUGAGAGCGUAUUGCGAUCAACACGUGGGAGUCGGCAAACAUGAACCUUUACUGAUGAGGUUCUUCGGAUGGAGUCUGUGCGGUGAGGCCCUGGCAUGGUUCACGUCACAUGAAGCUCGACAAUGGACCAGUUGGAGAACACUAGCUAAAGAUUUCAUUGAUAGAUUUGCAUACAACAUCGAGAUAGUCCUUGAUCGGUACUCUUUGGAGAAAAUAAAGCAGAAAUCCACAGAAAGCUAUUGGGAAUUUGCCUACAGAUUGAGGAAAAAGGAAGCGAGGGUGAGGCCUCCGAUGACAGAAAAGGAGAUUAUAGAGGUUUUCGUACGGGUGCAAGAGCCCGAAUAUUACGACAGAAUCAUUUUGUUGAUCGGAGCCAAAUUCGCCGAGAUAGUCAAAGUGGGUGAGACUAUCGAAGAUGGCCUGAAGUCGGGGAAGAUAGCCCGAGUGUCCGCAUCGCUUGGAUCUUCUGGACUUGUGAGGAAGAAGAGAGAGGAGGUUGCCGCUAUUUCAUACGGGGGAAUAAAGGUCCCCAAAAACUCACCGCGUCCUCAAGACUGCUCCAAGCCUCCACCAAAGUCUCACCAAGCCUAUCAUCCACAAUCCAAUCUUUCUGGCAACUACCAUGCUGUCCCCCGCUUAUCCAGAUUCUCAAAUUUUGUCAUAUCAAAAUCGACCCCCAAAUCCCCAAAAUUUUCCCUCCGUAUACCCAAAUUACCCCCAAGCUUAUCAAAUUCCUCAUUUUACCAGAAUGUCGCUCCCAGCUGCGCUAAUAGCGGGUAUGAUCCUUCUCACCCCAGGUUUGAGAAGAAUCCCUCCAGAAACUUUACCGCGCUGGCUGAAAGCAGAACCAAGCUGUUCGAAAGAUUAUCUACGGCCGGAUACAUCCACCCUGUGGGACCCAAGCCUGUGGAUGUCAACUCCAGAUUCUACAAACCGGAGCAGAGAUGUGCUUAUCAUUCCAACAGUGUUGGACAUGACACUGAAUACUGUAUCAAUCAUAAGCACAAGAUCCAAGAUUUGAUCGACCAGGAAGUGGUCUCCCUUCAGCAUGCGGCGCCGAACGUCAAUACAAAUCCGCUUCCAAAUCAUGGGGGUGGAAACAUCAACAUGAUAGAAACAAACGAAGAGGCGUGUGAAACCAAGAGGAUUACUCUUGUUGCACAGGAAGACUAG